UCUUGAUCCAUGUCUCGAUGACGGAUGACUACGCCAAACGCCAUUCUUGCUGGCGAGCCGUAUCCACAAGUUCACCAAACGCAGUACGCAAAGCCUCGAACGGGUACAGCUUUAGAAUCGGCCAAGGAGGAUAUAUCAGUCGCAAUAUCCAAGCUGGACUUGAGCAUUGAGGACGUGAGCAAGCAAAUCAAAAGUCUGGUUACCGCCCACCAUGAAGAGCUACUCCAGCGAGCAGCGGGCGUCAAUAACCUCUCUGGAUCACUGACCUCAGUUCGACGUGGCUUGAACGACGUUGAUGCCUCCUUGGAGAAACUUCGCCAGAAAAUUCGUGUUCCAUACCAAACUUUGGAAACGAGCGCCAUCAGACUUCAGCGUAUUCGUCAAGCCUCAGAUGCGUUGCGACGUAUUUCACGUUUCGUUGUGCUCUCGCGGCGUCUGGAAACUCAGAUGUCCGAGCUUGCUACGUUUGACAAGCCGGGCACUACUGAAAAGAAAAAACCUAACAAUUCAGAAGGCUUGUCUGCGGAUCAGCAAGAUGACAAGGAGCGCACCAUUGCUAAGGCAGCAUUGACAAUUGCAGAGCUAGGCGCCUUAUUGGAUGGACCUGAAGAGACCGAAGAUACCCCAGGAAAAGACUCACCAGAAACUGACGAUGGGACUGCCCCAGCAAUGGAUACCCUGGUCCCCCUCCGAUCUGUGAAGGCGGCAGCAGCACACAUACCAUUUAUCGAAGAAGCGCAAUCCAAGGUCACGCAUGAGAUGGAAUCAAUGAUCAUGACUGGUCUUUCUACUUUGGAUCAAUCACUGUUGGCAUCCUCGUUACAAACAGCGUACAACUUACGUGCACUCCCGAAGCUCAUACAGGGCCUAUCAAGAGACCUUUGUGACGCCGUUGAGGAACGAAUACGAACUGCAUUUGAUCUCUCACGUAUUUCCAAGGAAGUUAUUUCGAAGGAAAGCGUGCCUUCUUCUCAAGGUCUCUUAUAUAAGUCGCGUGUGCGAACAGAACCAACGAACAUCACGGCACCGCAAUGGACAGCUGCGCUUUGGGCCCGCCUUGAGUCUCUUAUCGAGGAGAUGGCUGCAUGCUGUAUCAAGGUGUAUACCCUCGAGAAGGUCCUGAAAUUGAAGAAGGAUCCGAUAACCCAAAGAUCAUUCCUUGAUGAUGUUCUAGAGAACAAACCUAGUUCGACGUUCUGGACUUCGCUGGGACGCUCGCUUGAGAAGUAUGCUCGUGACGCUGCCAAAGGAUCGACCUUCCUUCAACAGACUCUUAGCUCUGGUUACCCGAGGCUCUUACGUCUUUUCCACGAAUUCUUCGCCAAAAUUGCAGUACAUACCGACACAGUCUACACACAAUCCCAGCAAUCACCAGAAACUGUCCUCGUCCUCCGCGCUCUUUCUACGUUUGAGGCUCUUUACCUCUCUCGUUCGACAACCCGCUUGAAUGAAGCCGUUUCCCAGGCUUUCGCUGUUGCAAUUGCGCGGGCGGUGAUGAAUGAGCUUGAUUCCGCUAGGUUUGAUCCUUUGUUAAUGCUUGCGGUGGCGAGAAACGUUGGCGCAGCUCUCGAUGGUGCGACGAUGAGGGCCGAGGGUCUAAAAUUGCAUGUCACUUACGAUAGCAUUGUUGACCCGCUCCUGACGGCAAUACGAAGGGAGCUCGCUUCCAUCGUCUCGAAGCUUCAUAGGGUUGACCUGCAGAAGGUCAUGGACCCGAUGGCAGGCAUGGCAGGGCCAAGCCUGUACAUGAAAGAUCUCGCUGAUAAACUCAACUACGUGAAGACGCAGAUCUUUACUAAUUUUUCGAGUGAUGUGACGCAGUCCUGGGUACUCUCUAUUGUGAAGUACGUCAUCCGAAUCUUUGUGCUCCAUUCCAGUAUCGCGAAACCGUUAGGGGAGGGGGGGAAGCUGCAGCUCACAACGGAUAUGACGGAGCUCGAAUUUGCGCUGGGUGCAUUCCUUGGGCCUUCAAGCAAGCGUGGUCUUGAAGUAGCUGGGGAAGAGUACAAAAUGCUCAGAGCAAUGCGACCCCUCCUCUUCCUCGACACAGCUUCACUUGCAAGUCCAACGCACGCCGCGAACCUGCCUCCGCUCGUGGUGCUGCACCAUAUUCUUGUACGGUCCCCGCUGCCGCUGCCGCAUAUAAUCCAUGGAUGGCAGGAGGCGGAGUAUGUGCGAUGGGUGGAAGAGCAUAGAAAUGAGGAUGCGUGGAGUCUGGUUGAGGCUGCGCUGGUUGGGAAGGAGGGAGAGUUUGUAGAACUUGCGAGGAGGGUGCUGAGGCAGGCGAGGGGUGAGUGAGUGAGGCAAAAAUUAACAUGCUCGCGACAGGGUAUUCAGCUCUUGCUCACGGUUAUUUAUAUGUGGACUUUGAUAGUGUAGUAUCUUUCUACAUCGACUCAAUGACUGUAUUUUUGUUGUCAA